ACCUGCCACCACCACCGCUGCGCACUCGCUCACUCGCUUCUGUCCCGUCCCUUCAGGCCGCACGCUGUCAUCAGCAUCGCUGCGCCGCGCCGCUCUCGUCUCGCCUCUCUUCCUGCUCUGCACGGCUCUCUCGGCUGCGUGGAGUAGCUGCCGACGCACCUGCGCCUCCACACGUCGCACCCUCGUCCCAGGCCCCGCCAUGGCAGCCGCUGCCGGCUCGUCGGCGCGCUAUGCCGUGUCGCACCUCAAGCUGCCCGGCACGCUCAGCAUCACCGCGACGCAUCUGCAGUGGGUGCCCUCGGCGAGCGGCUCGGCCGCGGCCAGUGCGGCACUCGAUGUGCCGCUGCGCGCCAUCACCGGCCUCAGCGUCAGCAAGCCGGGCGCCGCCAGCGCGGCGCUGCUCGUCGUCGUGGCGCCGGGCACGCCGGGCAUCGGCGGGCGCCCCAAGGCCAUGCUGCACUUUACGCCGCACGCAAACGACGCCGACGCCGCCGUGCGCUCGCGCGACAGCGUCAAGGACCAGCUGAGCGCCGUCGUCGCAGCGAACCGCGAGCAGGACACCGCGGGGCCAAGCGCUGCUGCCGGCGGAGCCGCACCUGUCGCCGCUGCUGCAUCUGCUCCUUCUGCUGCGUCGCCCUCUGGCGCUGCCGCCGCGCAGCCUGCCGCAGCGGCAGGCGGCAAGAAGGGCGUCAAGCCAGAGCUCGAGCUGCGCUACCGCGUGCUGAUGGCCAACCCUGCGCUGGCGGCACUGCAUCGCGACCUCGUCAUGUCGCAUGCCCUGUCGGACGCCGAGUUCUGGUCGCAUCCCACGCGCACCGCCCUCCUCAAUGCCGAGCGCGCGGCCACCGAGCAGCGCCGGGGCCGCAAUGCCCGCAUCGCCGACCCCAAGCCGCGCACCGACGAGCGCGGCGAGAUGCGCGUCGAGGUCACGCCGCAGCUCAAGCGCGACCUCUUCGAGCAGUACCCCGUGGUGCGGCGGGCGUGGGAGGAGAAUGUGCCGUCUGUGAUGGACGAGCCGAGCUUCUGGACACGCUACUUCCAGUCGCGUCUGUACCACCGCCUGCGCACGUCUGCGCGUUCGGCAGCCAAUGAGCACAUCUUCAAGGACGACGAGAUCCUCGACCGGUACCUCGAGAAAGACGAAGACGACCAGAUCGAGCCCCGCCGCCAGCACAACCCGCACGAUGCGUUUCUCGACCUCGGCGCCACGGCCGAGGACCACCAGGAGACGGGCAACGCGGCCGACUUCACCAUGCGCGCCGGGUCGUCGCGGUCGGCGCUGCCGCUCAUGCGCCGCUUCAACGAGCACAGCACCUCGCUGCUCGACGACGCGCUCGGCACGCAGGACGAGGCGAGCCGGGCCAAGCGGCGCAAGAUCGGCAUCGAGCAGGACUACGGCGGGCCUGCUGCCGCGGGCCACUGGGAGGACAUCCGCAUGGACGACCUGGGAGGCGAGGGCGAAGCUCGGGGCGUGCCGCUGGACAUGCGUGGCCGGCGAGGCUUGUUUGAACGGCGAGCCGGCGCGAGCGAGCCGGGCGCAGGUGACGCGCUGAGCGACGAGACGCUGCGAAAAGCCCUCGCCGCAGACGGCAGCAGCGAGCUCCUCGCCUGGCAAUCGGCGCUCGGCGACUUCAAGGCGCAGGGAACGGCCGGCGCCAUGCGUGUGAUGCUGCACUCGAUCAGCACACGAGCCGCAGCGCGUGCGAGCACCAAGACUGACCUGCUGCCAGAGAGCGUGCAGAAGUCCGUCGUGGCGCACCACGCGGCGGUCAACGAGUUCCUGCGGCAGUACUGGGCUGCGCUGGCGCAGCAGCCGGCACGCGCGGCGCGCAUGCUCGAGGGCAUUGCCAAGCUGCGGGAGCGUGGCCUCGAGGUGGAGCAGGAGGCAGAGCAAGCGCAGCCCGGCGCUGGCCGUGAGCGCGUGCGCACGUAUCUCGCGCCUACGGUGCAGGCCGUCACGCGCGCGAUGAGCAUCGCUGCCCGUGGCCAGGUUGCCGGAAGUAGCGAUGCGACGUGAGCAGCAAUGGCACAUCUUUGCCGCAUCUGAGCUUCUGCCGCAACGGAGCUGUGUCUUGGCAAUGAAGUCCACUUGCCGCUCGCCGGUGCGCGCCUUCCACCUCGAUUGCUCCCUCACGCCACGCGCGGGCAGCACGCUGCGCGCCCUUUGCCAGGUCGGCGCUCGAGAAGCCUGCGCGCCCGGACCCUCGCCGCGGAGGGUGACUGAGCACCAAUCGCCCACACGCUCCCGCGGGAAAUCUUUCUCGCGCUGACGCGUCUGGCUGCUCCCAUGGGGCAGCCGCCAUUUGCAAGAUGAUGAGCACA